AUGCGGGCGCUUCUUUGGUAGGUCUCCGUCUGAACGAGAAAAAAAAACCUUUGCUUUGCUAUAAUCCACUUGUGAAAACAAUACUCCGUUGAGAAAACAACCACAAGAUGUUCAGGGUCCAGUUCUGCUUGUUUUAUGCGAUUCCCAGCGUCACGAGUGGCGGAACCGAGAGGAAAUGUUCGCGAAACAGGUGCGAAAUGCCUAUCAAACCAAAACAUACAACGCUCUGCGGCUCUCAACAUCAGUGCAAUUGGCGAGAAAUGAUGAAUUUCCGAGACUGAACUGGGUCCAGGCCGCCGAAAGUUGCAACCUUUCAAUAUCAACCCAGAGAGCGCGUUGAAACUUUGUUAAGAAGGGAAGCCCUUGAGAAAUCUUUUAAAGGACCUUCGGCUCUUUUGACAAGCUUCACCCUCGACUUGAUUUACCUCACACAAGAAACGAUCAGAGCGUUCCUCACUCACAGUUUUUACCUUAAUAUAUUUAUGGAAAGGUCUCUGGAGGUUUAGGGUGACGCUAGAGUAAUUUUUCAAAUUGGUCCCCUUUAUCCCGUAAACAACAGAAUCCUUAAUUUGAUGACAAGAAUACCUUUCUGAAUUUUUUGGUCCUAACUCAUUCAUCUGUCCUCAGUUUCUAGGGAACAGCUUUUUUUUUGAUAAAGAGAAUAAAAAUAUUUUGCAUCUAUUUGAAUUAAAUGUGAAAUAUAUACAUAUAUUUUUGUUUUUUAUAGAUAAUUAUUCCAUUUCAAAGUGUUACAAGUGAAGAUCUGAGAAGCCAUAAAUAAGGCAAGCUUUGUUAUCCCGCAAAAAUAUUGCCGGUUAGGUUUUCUGCCCAGCGUCUGACAAAAUUUUCAUUUUGAAGACACAAAACACUCGAAAUAUUUUUUGCAUUCGAAAAAUCGGAAUGAAGCCAGAAAGCGCGUUUUCAACAAAAUAGAAAAGGAUUUCGGGGAAAAAUCAAUGAAUUCAGUAUCAACUUGGGUAAACUUAUCGACACGCUGCUCAACGACUACGACGUCCACCUUCUGCCACAGUCCGAAGGCGUCAACGUCACCAUCGAACUCCAUGUUCAGGUUCUUCUUCUCACUCUUUUUCCGUUUCGAGACAGUUCGAGCAGCUAUAUUUCCUUUUCUUGUUCAUCAUUAAUUUUUUCUUAUUGUUUUCUCAGUUUUCUUGCCUCGUUAUAAAUAACCGCUUGUUUUUCAAAACGAGAAAAAAACUUUACUUUUUUUUGAAUAGUCGCUCUAUGCUUUUUUUUUUUGAAUGAGAAGCAUGAAAGGCAUUCCUAGCAGAAUGAUUUCCGGGGCCAUUCGUUCUGGCUAUUUUUUUUCAUCAUCGUUUUUUCAACAAAAAGGCGAAUAAAAAGGAUUGCGCUUGAGAAAGAAAAGAAGAAACAUGGAAUGAGUUUUGCAAGAAUUUUUCUAUAACUGUGCAUAAGUUGAACAGCGAAUAUUUUAAGUCUUUUCUUUCGGUUUUCGACUUUUCCAUUGAUUGAAGGCGAUGUUGGCACGUUGUUUAAGGGUGUUUAACGAUAAUUUCUCAACUUUAUUCGCUCAAGCCGUUAUAAUAAAGACGAUCAACUUUUUGUUUAUUCUAUGAUUCAGCAGAGAAUCUUCUCUGAAGACCGAAUAAACUUUUAACUUGUAAACUUACAAUAACAGUUCAUAUAAAGAACUCCAUAAGCCAUUCUAUGUGGUCAGAAGUUUCGUGAUUCUGCCACGUUGGUUUCUUUUUUCUCUCCAAAAUCUUCUUUUCGAAACUGAGUUUCCAGGGCGUUUCGGGAAUCUCUGAGAUCACCGGAGACUUUUCACUCGACGUCAUGUACAGCGAAAUUUGGCAGGAUCCGCGGCUCGCCUUCAAACAUCUUAAUGUCUGCGCCACAAAUAUCACCCUCAAGGUUUUCCUUCCUUUACUCUCCCAAGUUACUGCAACUCGGCCAAAGAAAAAAUGAACAUGAAAGGACUUCUUGGGGAGAAGAACUUCUGAUGUUUUCUACGUCAAUUAUAUUAAUUGGUAGCACUAAUGCACUGGUCACACUCCAAACGCCCUAUUUCUCCUCCAACUGAGAAAAUAGAAAUAGUAAAAACAACAUGAACUUUACAAUUGGCAUAAUUUUUUUGAAUCCAAGGAAGUUCAACUGCUUUUUUUUUUGUCGAGGUGCUGAUUUUCCUUAGGCUUGAAUUAAGUAGAUUUCGACUUGCUUUUUAAUUAUUCGUUCUUUUUUUUCUCUAAAAUGUUUGACUUUCGUAUUCAUAUAAUUUUUUUGCUCUUGAAGGUUUUGAAAAGCUAAACUUGCAAGAAAAGAAAGAAAUAAUUUCCGUAUACCCUCGCACUCGGAGUUCGUUUUCAGUUCGUUCCAAGAUUUCUAUCAGGUGAUACUUAUUUUUUUAUUCGUAGAAUAUUUGAAUACUUGCCAGUGGAUUUUAUAACACCAAUCACGCACAUGUUAAAAAAAUUCAUUUUUUUUUCCGAAUGAAAUAUAAAAUACGUUUUCCGAUGUGACGUUCACUGCGUCUUCUUGAUUGAAACAAAACUUGCAGAUUUUUUUCUUGCAGAAAUUAUUCAGAGGUGUUUCUCAUGACUUCUUCAUUGUAAAAAUUGUUUCGAAAAGUGAUAAGUUUCAAAAGAGAAGGGACUGAAUAACCUAUUUUGGAAAAAGCCGUUUCAGGAGCAUUUUGGAAGAUGUAUUAAAAUCUUCUCGAAGUACAUUCAGAAACCUGCACAUCAAUGUGUUGUUCUUUUAGGCGGUUAUUAAAACCCUUGUCUUUUCAUUGGAACCAAAGUUUUUCAAUGCUGACCGAACGAAUGUUUUUGGAGGAGUUUCGCGUCAAGGGGUUUAGGCCUUGAAAAGAGCCGUGACACGUGGAUCUGAAUGAUGAGCCGGCAACUGCUCGAUUUUUCUCACCUUCUUUUUGCUUCAGCUAGCCACCAACUGCUUCCGACAGUUAAAGCAAAAAUUUGCCGGAAAAUGCAACAGUUUCUUUUCAAAACGGUUCAUAGACAUCAGCAGCACUCAUAUGCACGCUAUAGUAUAUUCACCAAACGCUUGAGCCGCUUUUCAAGUACUCCGGGCUGAAUUUCUAAAUAUUUUCUAACGGAAUUCUUUUUUUUCAGCAAGUUAUUGAGUAAAUUGUUUCACCAUCAAAGUUUGUUUCCCUCAACUGUCAAUAAGGCUUAGGAAACUGUAGUUGAAAAGGAAUCUUUCGAUUAACUAACCAAGAUUUUGAAAAUUCUCAUUCAAACUCAAGUUUUCAGUCAGACUUUCGAAAGAAGAUAUGGACGCCGGACACGUGCAUCAUCAACAGCAAAUCGAGCUCGAUCCACAGCUCGCCCAGUGAGAAUACCUUUGUGAUUCUCUACGAGAACGGACUCGUGUGGAGCAACUUCAGGUGUUUAAAAGUCGGAAAAAAUAAAAUUUUCCCCAAGAAAAUAAAACUUUUUUUGAGUAAAAGAAAAUGUCUCGAUUUCAAGUUAUUAUACUUUAGAAUUUAUGUUUCAGGCUAAGAAAACAUUUUUCAUUUUUUUGUUCACUGAAAAUAAAGGAACUUCUGACCUACAGGGAAAAAUUCUGAAAGAUUAUCUUCAGGUUGAACGUCAAAACACCGUGCAGCGUUAACCUUAAGGUAAGUUUCUGUAUAUAAGGUGAACUUUGUUAUUUAAAAAAAACUGAACUCUUCAAAAUAAUGUUCGUGAUAGAGUGCUGUCUUUUAGCUUUCCUGUGAACUCUAAUCUGUUUUUCGACCCGUUUUUCAAUGAAUGCACCACAAAAUUCAGCCUGAAUCACAACAGCUGAAAUUAAAUUUCGUGAAAAAGCUCGAAACUAAAUUUUCACAAGGGAACAAAAUAACGUUCUUUUUGUCUAGGAAAAAGAGCCGUUUCUUUUCGACUCUCGAGCCAGAAAAAGAGGUUGCAGGAACUCCUCAGACAGCAUUUUGUGCCACUUGGCCUGACAAAUGGGAUGCUUUCCGAAAAAAGAGUUUGGCAAGAGGAAAUGUCCGAAAACAGGGGUGUAGAUGCAAAAUGGCAAUAUGACACACGAUGUAUCCAUCUUAUUCUAAACAUUUCUUCUUCCUGUGGCCAGAUAAAGGGAAAAAAAAACUGGGCAGAAAGCGAAACGAACGCAAUUUUGUCGAAAUUAAUCUUUUUUCAUUUCGCGAAACUGCACAACUGCAAACAUAUGCGUAAAAAACUAUCGAUUUGGAGUGAAUUGUCAAUUUUGUUUUGAAAGUUCUGUCUCAGGUGAAGAACUAACUCCGUUUUGAUCAGGAAAAAAAAGUUCCAUGAGAAUGCUUUUUGAUAGGAAAACAAGCUGAUUAUUAAAUAUUUUUUAACGCUUUCUUUAGUUUACUACAAGCCGCUUGAAGAAAUUUUAGAUGUGGUUUUUUCAAGAAAUUUUUUAAAUUUUUUUUCUGGAAAAUAAUAACUUAAUGACUAUUUGGGAUGUUCACUCACAGUUUUAAUGUUUACUGAAGUAAGAAAUAACUUGCCUAUGAGACGUUUUCAGAUGUUCCCGUUCGACUCUUUGUCAUGUGAAAUAGUGCUGGAGAGCUAUUCUUUCAACACAGACGAAGUUCGGCUGAUGUGGCACGACGUGCCGAUCACCAUGAUGGAGAAGGUGGGCGGCCACGGCUCCUGCGUACCCCAUCUGAAGGUUUCAGGUGGAACUCCCGGACUUCGACCUCAUCGGCUGGUCCACCGACCAUCAACGGCUCGAGUAUCCCAAUGGCAUUUGGGACCGCGCCAAGGUUUCUUUUUUCAUGUACUUCGUUCUCUGCUAGCAAGUCACAGGACCUUUAUGAAUCUAGUUUUUUCAUCGCCCUGCAGAUCAUAAAAAAUUUUUUGGCACAUUUUCUUUAUUUAUUAGCUAAAAGCAACCGUACAUCAGUUAUACCUUUUUAAUUUUCUAUUCCUACAGGUGAAAUUCACUUUUGCACGUCGAUACGGCUUCUAUCUUUUCCAAUCGUACUUUCCAACAUCAUUGACCGUAAUCAGUUCCUGGGUCGGCUUUUUCUUCGACGUUCGCUCCGUUUCAGCCAGGCUCGUUCGAACUUUUGUUUCUUCAUCGCUGACUUGCUACGGUAAAGGUCACAAAUGAUUUCCAUUCUACAUUUUUUGAGUGCCUCUAUCAAGUUUUUUUCAAAAAAAAAAAUCGCGAAAAAAAGUUCGCACAGCUCAGUAAAAUAUUGUGAGCUAAAGAUUUCGUAGAAAAUUUUUGUCUUGUUUUUUUUUCAAUCUGCAAGAAGUGGCAAAUGGGCAACAGUACAUAAAAAAUGGCUCAAAGAAUCAAUUUGUUCCACCUGAUUCAUGAUUUCAAAAAAAUCUCAAUUUAAAAUAAAAAGUUCGACAUUCCGUUCAAAAUUAAGCGCACGUCCCUUGUUUUUGAGGCAGUGACGACUACACUACAUUUAGAAACAGGAGCAAAACUUGUUCAGAAUCACGCUAGGAGUGUCAUCGCUGCUGGCUCUGACCUUCCAGUUCGGAAACGUGCUUCGACAUUUGCCACGGGUCAGCUACAUAAAGUGCCUCGACGUGUGGAUGAUCUUCUCAGUCAUUUUUAUCUUUUGCACUCUCGUUGAACUUGCAAUCGUCUGUCAACUAAACAGGUUUUUCUUCUUGUCAAGCUUCGCUCAUUUCGAAUUCAGAUGGGAGCGGGAACGUCAGAUCGGCUCUAAAGUGCUCGGUCACUGGCUCAACCAAAUUCGGUUCGUUAUUAUUUCUCCAAAUUUGUUUGCUCGCCCUCGCUCAUAUGAAAGAUGCCCCGUUUCUAUUAAUAUGACGUCAUUCACAGCAAUAUUCCUUGUUUGUGUAAAAUAGGGAGAAUGUUCCAGAAAGACGCGGAAGAGCGAGUCCAAGACAGAAACGGUGAGGAAGCGACUUCUGCCGUUGCGGACUUCUGAGGAGAAGCCGCCGCCCAACACACUCAACAUCAACAAAAGUCCUGCUAAUCUCUCGGUGAGGCCUCCUUCGAAUCAAAUGCUCAAGUUAAAUUGCUCCAGAAUGUCCAAUUGCAAGUGCCAGAAAACGAGAGCUACACGUACAGAAAAAGCGAAAGUUUCACACAUCGAAUUCAACGGAUAGUCUACUCGAUUUGUCCCCCAGAUCGAGAUUGGACCAUCACCAGUGUACAGGUGACAAUAAUCCAUAAAAAAAAACGAUGGAAAACCUUCUGCAGGUCGACAGAUGCUCAAUGAUUAUGUUUCCUUUGUCUUUUCUCGUCUUUAACAUCAUGUAAGUUCGAGAAAUGAAAAGGGUCGAAAUUCCAUUCUUCUAGAUACUGGUCGAUUUAUUUUACCAAAAUGGAUCGUCCCAUGUAA